GUCUGGGAGCCCGUCUCGUGGAAGUUGUUGAUGUUGUUGAUGCCCCUCUCGAAGUCUUCUUUGGCCAGACUGAGGCUUAACCCAGCCUGUUUAUCGCGAAUUUCUUGUAAGCUUUUUUCCGACAUGCUGUUGUAUGGUAUGGGAAGUGUCACCACAGCGUUCUGCAAAACGUAAACAAAAAAAAAUAGCCGCCAGGCACAUGCCAAACCUCCUGCAUACUGUCCCAUUGCAUCUUCAAAUAUCUUGCACUAGAAACCUCAUUACGUUAAACCAUUUAUCUCUCACACAUAUACCAUGAACCGGUUUAUGAGACCUGUGACCAGGUUUUCCCGUUUGCUAUGUUUUUCCAGAGGCUACUCCGUGGACAAGCAGUUUGACUUGUUUGGGGACAUCUCGAUAAUCAAGCAAGACGUGCCCGUUGCAGCCAAUUUCCUCAGGCACAUCACCAACACCGGAUCCUGGUGGGCAGAUCUUGUCAAGACCAAAACCACAGCUGCCGUUGAAUACGAUCUGAAGCACUGCAUCAUCAGGGGUGACGACUCAACCAGUGUCGCUGCGGCCAAGUCCAUGCUCGAUGGACGGCUCCACAACCUCCAGGAGCUCAUGGUUAUUUUCCCGCUUCCUCCAAAGUUUGCAAGUUUUUUUGAUAACUUGGAAAGUUUGCAGAAGUCUACCAAUACCACGGUGAUCUUGGUUCCGGGAAGAGAAAAUGCCCCUGAGUUGAUCAUUCUAGGAGACAGCAGGGGAGAGGUGCAGCUAGCGCUCAAGCAUGUUCAGACACGACUUAUGAAUUUAAAGAGUUACUCGAAGGAAAUCAUGGUGCUGCACUUGAUUAUCGAUUCGUUGCGACGCGAUAACCAGUUGGAAGCCCUACAGAAAACAACUCGGACCACCAUCCAGGUACAGCCGCAAAUCGAUGCUGAUUACCGCAAGACCGUAAGCAUCGUCUCUGCAUAUGAGAACGGCACAAGGGAGGUGGAACGCUUCUUUAACGAAAAAGCCGAGUCGAUGAGCUGUGUAGCACACCGACUUAUGGUGGACUACACCACGAUUGACCUCCUCACCCAGCCCAUCAGCGCGAGCUCAAAGUACUCCACGCUCAAGAAGAUCGAGGCCAUAACCAGCACCACCAUAACCGUCGGAACGGUCAUCGAUACAGAGAACAAGUGCGAGGUGCUUAUAUCCGGGUCGUGCAAGGAAGACGCGGAAGAAGCCUUGAGCAUUCUCGGGGCAACCAUCACCAGUUUCUCGCAAAAUACAGCCACCUUGAGCGUCCCAAAGGACAUUGCGUAUCAACUUGUGGGGCGUAACGGGCUCUCUGUGUUUGACUUGGCCAGCUUCCGUGGUGUCACCUUCAGCUCCACGCCUGAGCGCAGCGGAGACUUGGUGAAGAUGGCCAUCCAAGCCGAGGACAGGUUCCAGUUGGAGGAAGUGCGAGACAAGAUUGAGAGCUUUUUGGCGAGAUUCAAGCACGUGGCGCUUCCAGGCGUGAGUUCGGCGUACAUGAAGGUGUUGAUGGGGUUGAAGAAUAGCUCCAGCUUCCAGGAGAUCCAAAAGACGACCAGCUCACGUAUCAACACCACGCGCGAUCCUGUGAGUGGCGAGCACACUGUCAACAUUUUUGCGGAAAACGAUACCGACGCGAAAAAAUGUCUUGCUCUUGUGAGUGAGAGGUUGGAGCUAUUGAGGCAAGGUGCGGCGCAUGUUCUGUUCCCUUACAAGUAUAAAGACACGUUUACAGGGUUCCGAAAGCACUAUAUUCUUCAAGCCCAGGUCUCGUCCAACGUGGAUAUCACCAUGAAGACACCUGUGGCGUCCAUUUCUGCCGGGAAACCGGCCGACAUUGGUCCCGAGGAAACCGUGGAGCUCACUAUUGUGGGCGACAACGCGGCUGCUAAUCGACAACUCGGUGAGAUGUUUCGGAACCGUUUAGAUACCAUUGCUGCGCUUGCCCAAGAAUUCACCUUUCCAGAAUACCUUCUAGAUGCGUUUUUGUUCCACGAUCUGUUCAAGCUAGGAAGUUUAAAAGAGGCAACCAAGACGACUAUUUACAUAUACAGACAGGCCCAUGAGAUCCGCUUGGUUGUGUGUGGGCUUGAACCGGGGCUCACCUCUGAGUGCAGCAACGCCAUCAGAGAGCGGAUCGGUGUGUACACAAAGUCCCACCAGGUGUUUACCAGCACCAGAGCCUUUGCGCAAGUGUUGAUCGGGCCGAACGGGGCGAGAAUUGACAAAAUCCAGAAGAGCACCAACUGUUCUAUUUCUCUCACAGAGAUGCCUGGUAGACGCUCCGAGAUUCAUGUCAUGAGUAACGAUCCAAAGAGCGUCCAAAUGGGAAUGAAGUUGUUGAGAGAUUUACUGCUGGCGCUUGAAGAGAGCAAUGCCAGUGCUGAGAGACAAUAGUCUGUAAAUAUGCGUUGACCCCAGGUUUAUUAUAUCUUCCUU